CCCGAGAACUAACCCAUGUUUUCCACGUGCAGCAUCAAUGUUUGUCCGACUAUAAAAGGAUUGCUGAACACGUGCCACUCACGUGGUCGCUGUCUGACUGAUUCAAGAAUGUCUACCGAACACGCACUGUUGGCGUUGCUUGCCUUCGUGGCUAUUGUUGACGCAGAUAUUCCGGCAGGCUAUAUCCUGAAAAUUACGCCCAAUUGUGGCGCUAACGGUGUUACGGAUGGGUCGGUGACGGUGGUGACGGAUCUGAACGCGGACGCCAAGGCCGUGUGCGCAGGAGGGUUGAGAGUUCCGUUUUCUACCAGGGAUGGUGUGAACUUUAAACUUCCGUUUUCGUAUUUCGCCAGGAGACGUGGCCGGCGCUGUGUCUUCGUCAGACGUCCCAACUCAAGGAUGUAUGCUGCUAAGGUUAUCGUGUCAUACGGGGAGCCAGGGAGCCUGUUGCAUCAGUACACGGAGGAAUACACGAUCUCAUGCUCGUUCGGGGCCAAAGGAAAUGAUGUCAGCGCCGUUCAGAGAAUAGGCAAAACGUUGAUGGCCCCGAAAGAGAUUCAAACCAACGUUGGCCGCAAAAGUGGGUCCCUUAUCUCCUUGAGGAUGCUUGAUGUCCUUGGAAACGACAUGACUGGUGUCAAGGUCAACCACGGCCGUAAGGUGUGCAUCAGUGCAUCUGUUACUGGCCCCGAGAAAGGCAUCCGCCCCGUGUCUUGCGACGCUAUCGACAGUUCUAAUGCUCGCUAUGCCAUCCUAAGAGCUGGCUGCGGAGAUGGAAUAGUGUUCAGCAAGAACAAGGGCUUCAAGACCGUCGGCAAGAAAACGACUAGCCCUGUUUUCAAGGCUUUCAGCAUCAACGUUGACAAGGCGCUCAAGUUCGAAUGCAAUUUCACCCUUUGUGCGUCUCGGUGUGACGGUAAUUCCUGUACUAACGCACGGCGUCGCCGAGGUACCAGGGAAGACGAUAAGAAGUUUGUGCUGGCAGCGACCGACUCCUUAAACUUAAACGGAGGAACUAAACUGCGCCCCGUGGGAACGGUAGAACACAUUAAACACCGGUCGCCUUGAUGACGCUCUGUACUUAACGGGUUGUGGGAGAAAUAAAUAUGAAAAAUCA